AUGAGUUCUAAUACCUAUUUUCUAGAGAGUAAGAUGUUAAAAUUAUUCAAAGGACCUAAAAUUAAGUUAAACAAAAUAAACCAACCCUAAUGUACACCAAAAAAGUAGUGUGAUUUUUCAGUUUAAAAAUUCACCAAAACCUAACCAGAUGAAAGAACAACCACAAACAAUCUAUCUAGAAGAUUAGACUCUAGUUAAGACACAAAUAUGAUUCUGGAAUAAAGACUGCAUUGGAUCGAUUAAUUGGCUGAAUCUCUUAAAUCUAAUCAAUCUUUUGAGGUUGGUAAAAUACUACAAAGUCUAUAGUAAAUGGCAGUAACAUUGCAAUAAGCUUCCAAAAAUGAAAUUGAGUUGAACCAAAAAAAUAAGUAUAUUAAAUAAAGAGUACUCUUGAAACCAUUUCAUAAAAAUAAAUCAUUCAAUAACUCAAAGAACAAUAAGUACAAUUAAUUUCAUAUGGUUUAGAAUCAUUUUAAAUAAGAUAAUAUAGAUUAAUCUAAGAAAUUACAUUUGACUUAAAUCGAAUAAUAGAAGUUACAGAGAGAUUAUCUUUAUUAGAAAUAACUUUGUGAAGAAUACUAUAAAAAGGUUCGAAGUCUGGAAAAGAGAAUAGAGAUGAUUUUAGAAAAGAAUUUAUCUACCCAUCAGGAUGAAUUGAGAAUGACAUUAUCUGAAUUAGUUAAAGAUAAUGAACAAUUAAAGCGUAAUGUAAUUAAAAGAGAAAAGGAAAUUGAGAGAUUAAAAGAAUUGAACCAGAAGUUGAUUUAACAAAACAACAGAUUAUCCAAAAAGUUGGAUAAUUUAAAAACUAAACGAGUAGGAGCUAAAUCAGAUAAUAUAGUAAUCGAGGAUAACUUUGUGAACAAUUAUGUUUUUGAUCCAAAUUAACUACCCUAGAGUUUAGAAUUCAGAUUAAGCUAAUUGACAUCUGAAUAAAAUGAUUUCUUGAUAGAUUUGAUUGAACAUGGAGCUGAUGUAUUCACAAAUUAAGUUAUUUAAUUAGAGAAUAUGCAAUAAAGAAAAGACUUAAUCAAUUUAAUUGCAAACUAAUUUAUAAGUUAAAGAGAAUUUAGUGAAAAGAUUAAUUAGAUUAUGAAUGAAUUCAUUACUUUAAUAAGUUAUAGAAAUAUCAAAGAUUUCUAAAUACACGUUAGUAAAGGAUUCAAAAUGAUAUUUCAAACCGAAACUGUUCGUCUAUGGAUUAUAGAUGGCAUGACAUGUAAGGCUUACACUCAUGAUCCCAAUGGUUAAUAAUAAGUAGCAUUGUUGACAGAAGGUGUAUUCUAGAAAAUUGUUUUUGAGAAUUUUGGAAUAAAGAGUCCCUCCAAAGAAUAAUAGCUUCUCUACAUAACUGAAGGAUCGAAAAUCUAUGGUAAAAAUUUUUUGUUAUUACCGAUCAUGAUGAAUACAAAGAAACCAUGUGGUUUAUUAGAAAUUUAAAAUAUUAAUGAUGACAUGAUAAUAGAUAUUUAAUACUAUGGAUUAUUAGUAAAUAUGCUAAGCAAGUCAGUUAUAACAAGCAUACUUAGUUAUGAUGCAUUGUAUAAGGAAUUAAAAUAUCAAGAUCUAUUUUACUCUUCAUUUAUCAAGUUAUGUCAGUCUACAAAUUUUGAUGAUUUUGAGAUGAGGAUCUAAGACUCUGCUUAUAGCAUAUUCUAAAUAGCUUAAACUAAUUUAAUACAUGUUGAGAAUAAUAAAUUCAAGAAGAAGGGAUAAUAUUAUGAUAUAAGAUCAGGAUGUGCAUACUAAGUGUACAAAUCACAAAGACCUUAGAUUCUCACUUCGAUUACAAAACAUUAAAAUUUUGAUGAGAAUAUUGACAUAUCCUCAAUAUUACCUGUGUUUGCAGGUCCAAUAAUCUAAGAUAAUUAAGUGGUUGCAAUUUUGGAGUUUAUUUUGAAAAAAAAGAAACUUCAAGAUCAACAUCCAUUUGGAUUAUAGAUUCAAAUAGGAUUUAAAGUAAUCUCUAUUGAUGAAGAUGCUUAGAAAUUUUAUGAUCUUGCAAGCAAAGCUUAUUGUAUUGCUUUUAGAAAAUGA